AUGGAACCUGAGAUUCUGCUCUUAUCCUGUGGCAACCGAGAUGGAGGGAUUGGUAACUUUAUUGCAUGUAACUUAUCUGGUUUAGUGCCUUCGUUUCCAUCUCUGCCCACUGGGUCAACAGUAUGGGGCCUGACAGCAGCAGCUGCAGCAGCAGCAGCUGCCACCAAUGCCGCCAUAGCAGAAGCAAUGAAAGUGAAAAAAAUUAAAUUGGAAGCUAUGUCCAACUAUCAUGCAAAUAAUAACCAGCAUGGAGCAGACUCUGAAAAUGGAGAUCUGAAUUCAAGUGUUGGCAGCAGUGAUGGUUCUUGGGAUAAAGAAAAACUUCAGUCUCCCCCCACCCAAGGAUCACAGGCCUCUGUUAACCACCCCAACUUGCCUGGACAGCAUAAUCUUCCAGUUAGCCAUCCUCUCAACCCUCUGCAACAGAACCACCUUCUGCCAAAUGGACUGGAACUUCCUUUUAUGAUGAUGCCCCACCCACUAAUUCCUGUCAGCCUACCUCCAGCGUCUGUCACGAUGGCAAUGAGCCAGAUGAAUCACCUGAGUACCAUUGCCAACAUGGCAGCAGCAGCACAAGUGCAGAGUCCUCCAUCCCGAGUGGAAACAUCUGUUAUUAAGGAACGUGUUCCAGACAGCCCUUCUCCUGCUCCUUCUCUUGAAGAGGGCCGAAGACCUGGCAGCCAUCCAUCAUCUCAUCGAAGCAGCAGCGUGUCCAGCUCUCCUGCACGAACUGAGAGCUCUUCAGACAGAAUCCCAGCUGUCCAUCAGAAUGGGCUAUCUAUGAACCAAAUGCUGAUGGGUUUGUCACCUAAUGUCCUCCCUGGCCCUAAAGAGGGUGAUCUGGCUGGUCAUGAUGUGGGACAUGAGACAAAAAGAAUGCACAUUGAGAAAGAUGAGACCCCGCUCUCCACACCAACCGCAAGAGACAGCCUUGAAAAACUUUCUCUAACUGGGCAUGGGCAACCACUACCUCCAGGUUUUCCAUCUCCUUUUCUAUUCCCUGAUGGAUUGUCCUCCAUAGAGACCCUUCUGACUAACAUCCAGGGUCUACUAAAGGUUGCUAUAGACAAUGCCAGAGCUCAAGAGAAACAGGUCCAACUGGAAAAGACAGAGCUGAAGAUGGAGCUCUUCAGGGAACGAGAACUGAGGGAAACACUUGAAAAACAGUUGGCUGUGGAGCAGAAGAACAGAGCAAUAAUUCAGAAAAGGUUAAAGAAGGAAAAGAAGGCAAAGAGGAAAUUGCAGGAAGCACUUGAAUUUGAGACUAAACGACGGGAGCAAGCAGAACAGACGCUGAAACAGGCAGCUUCGACAGAUAGUCUCAGGGCCCUAAAUGACUCUCUGACCCCAGAGAUAGAAGCUGACCGCAGCGGGGGCAGAACAGAUGCUGAAAGGACAAUACAAGAUGGAAGACUUUAUUUGAAAACUACUGUCAUGUAUUGAAUUUUUCCUGCUGAAGAUACCUGUGCUGCGGUAAAGAACUUUGCAGUAAGACAUUCACUCAAAAGGAGUUCUGUGGAAACAAAGCGUUUUCAAGGCAACUUCCUCAACUUCGUGUAUCAAUAUUCUUCAAAAAUUUAAAGAAUUCUGCAAGAGUGUCCUCCUCUGGUUAUCUCCUGUGGCUCAACCCAGAGACCUAGAGAAUGUUUGUAAAUGUACAGUAGCACUCUUCUUACAGUGAAAAAUCUGCAUCUCUGCGCCGGACUAUUGUAUCCAAAAUCACAGGCAGAUCAGAACAAGGCUGAGUAUUCCCUUUUUAAAGGAAUGCAGACUGUCCUCCUCUGAUGAGUCUAUAUUUGAGCACAUCAAAUGAUCCUUCCAGCAGUGUCCAAGUGCACUGAUAGACUGUUAUGUCAUACCGAAACCAGCAAGACAGCUCAGAAAUGAACUUGUAGAGGGCAUAAGAGGAUUCUUAAAAAAAAAAAAAAACUAAAAAAA